CAAGAAGAGACGAAUAUAGAAUUUAGUAUUUGGAAAAGUUGAAGAAAAAGAGAUGUCGUCGGAGCAGGAAAGAUCUGAAUUGGACGUCAGGGCCAGGCAAGGGGAGACUGUUGUCGCCGGUGGAACUGGCGGCAAGAGUCUCGAAGCUCAGGAGCACCUCGCUGAAGGGCGGAGCCGUGGGGGCCAGACAAGGAAGGAGCAGCUGGGACACGAAGGAUACCAAGAGAUGGGCCGUAAAGGAGGGCUAAGCAACACGGGUAUGUCAGGAGGAGAGCGUGCUGCUGAGGAAGGAGUUGAAAUCGACGAAUCCAAGUUCAAGACUAAUAAGUAAAACCCUUUCACAAUGUCGCCGAGUUUAAAGUUUUCAUUUCAACUUCAGUUUCUUUUAGUGUCUGCUCUCUCUAUAAGCAUCUAGAAUAAAUAGUUGUCUUUCAAGGCUUUAGCCUAUGUAUAAUGGAUGUUUCUUCCUUGAGUGAGAAAUUAAGAUCAGUCUUUUUCAUAGAA